AUGUUAUAGAAAAUUUUAUAAAUUGUCAAUCAAGCUAAAGUUUAAGCAAAAAAAGUGACACAAUAAUUGAAAAAUGAAAAAACUUACAUUAAUUAAACCAAUAAUGCUAAAGAUCCAACCAAACCUACUUUUGAUCAUAUUUCUAAUUUUAAAGAAUAUUCAAAUAGUAUUAAUCAAUCUAAUAUUUAGUUCUUAAAGACAUUUAUCUCAGUGAUCCUAUUAAAAAUUUAAAGAAAUUUGCAAAAAAAGAAAAAGGUAUAUUCUAGAAAUUAUUAUUAGACUUAUAUAUCAAUUAAUUAUAAAAAACAUUCCCAAAAGAAACAUUACAAUAAUACAACCUAAAAUUCAAAAAUUCAUUUAAUUUUAUUCAAAAAAAUACUUUUUGGAAUACUUCAUCUCAAAAUUAAUCAUCAUUUUAAAAAUAAACUAAUUAUACAUAAUCAAAUAAUACAAAUUAAUCGAAAUAAUACUAUAAUUAAAAUAAUAUUAAAUAAGAUAAAUAAUCUCAAAACAUUUGGAAUAAUUAUUUCAAUAAAUUUUACUAAGAUGCAUCUAAUCUUAAUAAUUAAUAUUAAUAAAAUUUCAAUGAAUAAAAAAAGGGUUUCUCCAAAUUUAAAGAAGCUUAUAAAACAAGAUUUAAUUUUAUUUAUUAAAAUUCUUUAUAAAAGGCAAAAACGAUAGGAUUAGUUUCUUUUAAAUAUAUACUAAUUGGAAUUUUUGUCCUUGGAAUUGCUUAUUCUAUUCCAAAAUCAAUUUCAACUUAUUUUGCUACAAAAGCAACAGUGACUGCAUAAAUAUAAUACGAUAAUUUAUUAAAAGAAAAUGAAAUUUUAAGGACGAAUUUAAAAUAAGCUGAAGAACAAUUACAAUAACUUUAAAAAUAGACAGGAAGAAUAACUAAAAAUGUUUGA